UAGAAUGAUAGGAGUGGUUGUAUAGCAGUCUUAGUCUAGCAGCUCACUAUAUGCUGAUGAAGUUCAAGAGAAGGACUUACUCUAUUGUUCUCUCCCAACAAAAAUCUUGGUGCGAGCCUAGUGAAGACCUAUCAGUCUAUAGGAGGCUUGAUAUUACCUAUAUAUUUAAGAUGGGCGACCAGGAUGUUUAUGACAGAAUGUUUGGGUCCCAGACAGACGGAGAGAUGGACGAGGAGAAAGAUGGAGAAAGUGAAACGAGGGAGUCGGGGAAAGGCGCUCAGAGUUUCUGCCAGUUCUCAUCCUCUCUGCGUACUGUGGUUCGCAUCAAACAGAAGUACCAGGCCAUGAAGAAACGGCGGCUGGAGUUGGCCGGGCUGGGGGGAGGAGGGCUAGUGUUAGGGGCUGGUCUCCACACUGGUGCCCCUGUUCGCAGCAGCCCCAAAAUCUUCACCUUCGAGACCCCCUCCAGCUCCCCCUCUGCCUUAUCGUCACUCUUCCUAAAGAUGAAGAAGAAGAAGUCGCGGAGGGUCAUGUUCCCCAGUGGAGGAGGGCGCAAGGCCCCCGUCGUACAGGAACACAGCCGAGCAAAGAUCUGCCUCUUCCUCCUCUGCACCAUCCUCUUCUUCCAGGUGUAUAAUGCCAUAGAGAACCUUGACGACCACGUCCUGAAGUAUGACCUGGGGGGAUUAGAGAAGACUCUGUGUAGGGAGGUGUUUGGUCAGCAGGGGGCGAUGGAUGCUCUGUUAGCCCAGCUCAGAGACUACCUCUCUACCUACGUCCACAGUAAACCCCUGGUCCUCUCCUUACACGGACCCAGUGGCGUGGGGAAGAGCCACGUAGGGCGACUCCUGGCUGGCCACUUCCGCUCGGUGGUAGGCGAGCCCCUGGUUCUACAGUACUUUGUGUUGCACCACUGCCCCCUGGAGGAGGACGCCUGGCGCUGCGCCCGAGCCCUGUCGAUCUUAGUGUCGGAGACAGUGCUGAGAGCAGAGGAGGAGGAGAAAAUUCCUCUAUUCAUCUUUGACGAAGCAGAGCACCUUUACCCAGAGCUUCUUGAUGCAUUGAGUGACUUGGUCCGUUCAAACCGCUCCAACGAAUACCUGAACGCAGUCUACCUGUUCCUGAGCAACCAAGGACACACCCACAUCACCAUGCACCUGCUGUACAACUCCUCCAGCGACUCCAUGAUGACCGCAUCUGGACACCACCGCAAACUCGUCAAGGAGCUGAAUCCGUUGUUGCGCAACACUCUGGUGAAGCUCCACCCACUGUGGGCAGAAGCUGAACUCUUACCAAUGACCCUGCUGGAGAAAGGUCACGUGAUGGAGUGCUUCCUGGAUGAGAUGACAAGGGAGGGGUUCUACCCGGACCGUACCAACGUUGAGAGGCUGGCGGGGGAGAUGGAGUACUACCCUGUGGUAGGGGGCCACGUGUAUGCCCGGACAGGUUGUAAACAGGUGGUUGCUAGGGUCAACCUGCUAUGAGAGACUUAGAACUGCAGGGGAAUGUUGUGAUUAGAUGAGAGAUGUCUCCUGAGAAAAGACAGUUCUGGUCCAUAGCCUUUUGGUGUUUCUUAUGAUCCACCAAGCAAACAUAACCAACGUUACUAGCCAGAACCCAUCCUUGAAAAACAUUUUUAAAUAAAAGGUGUAUGUCUGAGAAUGAGGAGUAUCUCCUUGAUGACGGCUAAUCAUGUCCGAUAAUCAUGUUUUUUCUACAUUCUGUAACUUAACCUCCUAAACAAGACCCUUGAUUACUGGAUGAAUAGAUAAUUACCAUUUUGGUAUGAGAGGGAAAAGAGAGAGGUGAGGUUUGGAUGAUAUCCAAGCCUGCACAUGUACAGAUUGUAGAGUCACAAUCAGUUGUUAUGGUGAAACACCGCUGUGCCCUUCUCCCACGAUGCUGUUAGUCAAAAUACUGACGGUAAUAGACAGACCCACUCCCGAUAGAGGACGAGAGAAGUGAUUGGACCAAAUGAGUCUGGCUGUGGCAUUAAUAACAGCAGAUCAGGAAAAUGUGAUGCAGUACUUGAUGUAUUUUGUUAACAAAAAUAAUGUAUUGAUUAAACUAUCAUCCUUUCUAAA